CCAUCACUGCAGAAGGAGCUGUUCAACUCAAUUACCGCCGUGUCUUUCCCUGUUAUUGCUGUCUUUUCGCUUACCAGCGUGUUUUCCGAUUUUGGCGCCAAAAGCAUGACGUUGGAUAUCUCCAACGGCGAGUUUUUGCGCAUGGCGAGCGAGGCUCCGGAAUCCUUCACCGUCGGUAUUGUGCAGCCGCGAACAUCUGCCGAGAGCGGGGACGGUAACGGGACGGGUGGGGAGGAGAUGUUGAUGCCUCCCCUGAACUUCGGGAUGGUCGAUUAUGGCAUUUUUAGGUCUGGCUUCCCUGAUUCCGCCAGCUUCGGAUUCUUGAAAACCCUUCGCCUACGUUCCAUUAUAUGUUUGUUCCCUGACGAGUAUCCCGAAGCCAAUUUGGAGUUCUUGAAGGCUAAUGGAAUAAGGCUUUAUCAAUUCGGAAUCGAUGGCUCGAAGGAUCUUUUGACAAAAGACCCGGAAGAUAUAAUUCGUGAGGCAUUGAAAGUUAUCCUAGAUGUUGGGAACCAUCCAUUGCUCAUUCAUUGCAAAAGAGGAAAGCAUCGCACUGGUUGUCUUGUGGGAUGCUUAAGAAAAUUGCAAAGAUGGUGUCUAUCAUCCAUUUUUGAUGAGUAUCAAAGUUUUGCAGCUGCUAAAGCUAGAGUGUCAGAUCAGAGCUUCAUAGCAUUGUUUGAUAUUUCUGAUUUUAAACCCCAGCCAUUGUCAUUUUCACCCUCACAAAAGUACAGUAUUGACAAAGUCCUGGAUGCUGUUCCAUCCUACCCCUGAGUAUUACCCUGAAGUACUGUGACGCCUCCCAAUUUUUUUUGGGGCAUAUUACCAAGGAAUGAACAUAGAAUCUCAAUCUAAUUACUCUAACUCACAUCAGAACACCCCCAUUUUUAUUUUUCUUGUCCCCCUCUAGGCUUUUCCCCCUCCAAUGUAACAUUUUAUCAGUUUACAUUGAAU